ACUCCAACAGCAACCACCAGCAGAUCCUCUGCAAUACUGAAUAAUGAAUUUGCACGAUUAACAUGCUCUGCCUGGAAUAUGGAAACCAUCUACUACAGAAUCUGUGUGACAUGCAUGUGUGUGUCCUGAAAGACAAUGUUUGUGUUUGUUGCUUGUGUGAAAGCGUGUGUGUAGAAGAGUCAGCAGGUGCCUGGUAGCUCCUUCCUCUGACCUUGGCUACAGAGAGAUGGGGAGAGAAAGAGGACAGUGUGUGUGUGUGUGUGUGAGUGUGUGCUGUGUGUGUGAAGCAGUGGAGCUAAUUCCUGCACUGCAGCUGUGUAUAUGAAACCAGAGUUAAUGUGGCACCAACAGCUCUAGAUCCACUUGGGAACUUGCCAGAGAAAAACAGAGCGAGAGACGAGGAAGGAAAAUCAUGUCAGCAACGUGUACACACCGCAGAGAAGCAGCACGAUGUCCUGUGUCUGGUGCAUUCUGGAGGUGAGCUGACUCCUGUGCGGGUCACUGCGGGUCGUGUGAGGAGCUAAUAUGUGGGUCGGCCAGUCUGAGUCGUGCCAGGCACACGCGCUGUUCGAUGGCUUCGUGCAGGCCGCCACGUGCAGGGAGACCCUCAGGGCCUUCCAGGAGCUGUGUAAAGAGCUGAAGCUGCAUCCAGGCGGUCAGCCGCAGUUCUACCACACUCUGAGGAGCAGACUGCACGACUGGAAGGCCAAAGCACUAUGGGCCAAACUGGAUAAAAGAGCCAGCCAGAGAGAGUACAUGAGAGGCCAUGCUUGCACCAGCACCACGUGUCUGAUCAUAGGUGCAGGUCCGUGUGGAUUGCGGACGGCUAUAGAGCUGCGAUUUCUGGGCGCCAGGGUGGUUCUGGUGGAAAAGCGAGAUGCUUUCUCACGGAACAAUGUUCUUCAUCUUUGGCCCUUCACCAUCCAGGACCUCCGUGGUUUAGGGGCCAAAAAGUUCUACGGGAAGUUCUGUGCUGGAGCCAUAGACCAUAUUAGUAUUCGUCAGCUGCAGCUGAUGCUUUUGAAGGUGGCCUUGUUAUUGGGAGUUGAGGUUCAUGUGAAUGUGGAGUUCAAACAUCUAGUGGAACCUCCAGAGGACCAGAAGAAACGUGUUGGUUGGCGGGCAGAGGUCCAUCCCAGCUCACAUCCAGUCAAUCAGCUGGAGUUUGAUGUGGUUAUUGGGGCAGAUGGUAGAAGAAACACUUUACCAGGGUUUCGCAGGAAAGAGUUUCGGGGGAAACUGGCCAUUGCCAUCACGGCGAAUUUCAUCAAUCGCAACACCACUGCCGAAGCUAAAGUGGAGGAGAUCAGCGGUGUCGCCUUCAUCUUCAACCAGAGGUUUUUCCAGGAUCUUCGGCAGGCUACCGGAAUUGAUCUGGAGAAUAUAGUAUAUUACAAAGACGACACUCACUACUUUGUAAUGACCGCCAAAAAGCAAAGUCUUCUGGACAAAGGAGUCAUUCUGCGCGAUUACGCUGACACUGAAAUGCUGCUCUCCAGGAACAAUGUGGACCAGAAUGCACUGCUCUCGUAUGCUCACGAAGCUGCUGAUUUCUCCACCAAUCAUCAGCUCCCCACGCUGGACUUUGCCAUCAACCACUAUGGGCAGGCAGAUGUGGCCAUGUUUGACUUUACCUGCAUGUACGCCUCUGAGAACGCAGCGAUGGUGCGUCAGCGCAGGGGACACCCUCUGCUGGUCGCUCUGGUGGGUGAUAGUUUACUAGAGCCAUUCUGGCCAAUGGGAACAGGAAUUGCUCGGGGCUUCCUGGCAGCCACGGACACGGCCUGGAUGGUUCGUAGCUGGGGUCAAGGCAACACCCCUUCAGAGGUUCUGGCUGAGAGAGAGAGUGUGUAUCGGUUGCUUCCUCAGACAACACCAGAAAACGUCAGUAAAAACUACAACCAGUACAGCGUGGAUCCUGCUACCCGCUAUCCCAACAUCAACAUGCAGCUCAUCAGCGCUGCUCAGGUACGUCAUCUCAUAGACACAGGUGAGGGUCCGAUUUUAAAUCUUGAUGCAGUCAGCUCUCCACACCCUAGACUCACACGGCAAGGUGUGUGUUACUUUAUACACACCAUCUACCACUUAUACGGUCAUACACAAUCUAACAUGCUGUCUGUGUGUGUAGAGUCAAUGGCUCGUUACAGUAAGCUUCUGAGCUGGUGUCAGGAGCAGACGCAUGGUUACAUGAACGUAUGUGUGACAGACUUCACAACUUCCUGGAGGAGUGGCCUGGCCUUGUGUGCUCUCAUACACAGAUUCAGACCUGACCUCAUUAAUUUUGCAUCUCUGGAGGAGAGUGAACCGGAGCUCAAUGGUCAGCUGGGUUUGGACAUGGCGGAGCUGGAAUUUGGUAUUUGUCCUAUUAUGACCGGCAAGGAGAUGAGCGCACUGGAAGAGAGUGACUCUCUCUGCAUGGUCAUGUACCUCAGCCAACUUUACGAGCUCCUCAAAGACACAGCGCCAGCUAGUGGAAACCUGAGCUCAGAAGGGAAAGUAGGUCCGUUCUCUAGCCCGAAGUCACCAAUCUCACUGCUCAGCAAACUGGGACAGAGUCUGUCCCGCAAACGCAAUCCCAAGGAUAAGAAAGAGAAGGAAGCAGAUAGUGUUGGAAAUGGAAAGAGGAGGAGAACAAGCCAGACUGGCCAGUCAGAAGAGGAUGAUGUUCCUCAUGAUAGCAAAGAAAAUAAAACUUCAGGAGUGACUCCGGGGUCAGAACCGAAGGUCGUUGAGGGUCAAGGCAUGGUUCGGUCCAUGACGACGCUACUGCUGGCUAAAUUUGAGGAAAACACACCACUGGCCUCCGCUAGUACAAUUCGCAGACAGAGCUACGUUCAGAUGUAUACGGGCGGAGUAAGCUCAUUGGCUCAGCAGAUAUCCAAUCAGAUUCAGAGUCAGCAGGAUCAAUCUCCCAAGCUCCUUCACAGGAGGGAGUUGGGUUCUCAAAAGGAGUUUCCUGUGAAUAUGGGCAGCAGUGAUGUGUGUUAUUUCUGCGGCCGUCGCGUUUAUGUCAUGGAAAGGCUGAGCGCGGAGGGAAAGUUCUUCCAUAGGAGCUGCUUCCAGUGUGAUCACUGCAGCACCACGUUACGCUUGUCCAACUACGCUUACGACCAGCUACAUGGAAGGUUUUACUGUAAGCACCACUUCAGCUACAGAAUGACUAGCGUGGAUCAGAGAAAGAGACCAGCCCCACCUGCGGCCCCUCGAUCUACUCAGGCUCUCCCUGCUCCUUCCUCGGCUUCUACGUCUUUGUCCUCUCUAGGGUCAGUGGGCACAGCCACCCCACCAGACUCUUGGUCCUCCAGCGCCCAACCCGACAUAGUAUCCAGCCUGGCCAAGAGACUGUGUGGUACCCCAGAACGCAUUGAGCUGGAGAACUACAAACCCUGCCCAAAACAACAGGACAGCCCACUGCUGGAGGUCCCAGAGGAGACGCUUGCACAGCACAACCUCAGUGCUAGCCUGCAGGAGAAAAACACAGAGGAGCAGUCCAGUAGCUCUGAGUCAGACCUAGAGGAGGAGGUUGUCUGGAAGGAGGAGGGGCCAAACAUCAGGACCAAUGAAGAGAGAGCGUUUGACCUGGAGGAGGAGCUAAAAGAGGAAGAGGGAGGAGAGAACCAGGAAAAACAAGAGGAGGAGGAGGAGGAGGCCGAAGAUGAGGAGGAGGAGGAGGAGGAGGAGGAAGAAGGAGAAGUUUCCGAAGAAGAACAAGACGAGGGAGUUUCUAGUGAUGAGGGUGAGUACUGCCCUUGGGAGAGGGAACGGCUCUCAGGGGUGUGGCUUGAGGAAGAGGAGGCGGGGUUUGUUAAAGAGUCUUAUGAAGGAUACAGUGAUGACAAAGAUAUAGACACCAGUUCAGUCAGAGAGUCCAAUCCAUGUGACCAACAGGAACAAGACGAAUCUGUUUCAUUGCACCAGUCUUCUACUGAGUCCCCGCCCUCCUUGAAACCACCAGAAUCAGGUCCCACACCCACACCUGAGCUAUCAACGAAUCCAGAGAACCCACCUGUCAAGAGGUCAGAGGUUGUAGAAGAGUUCUGGCUGAGGAGUGCCGAGAUCAGGAAGAGUUUAGGCCUGACUCCUCUGUCUAGAGAAUGCGACCCCAAACAUACAGCAGCCCAAACAUCUAACAUUAAAGAAAGCUUCUACACCUCAGUCGCCUACAUAACGUCCUGCAAAAGCAAUUCUGCCAAACAAACACCAAGAAACUGUGACUCCAGCACACAAACUCCAUCUCAAAGUACAUUCCUGCCUGAACCAUCUCACACUAUGGACGGCGAUGCAGGCAUCACAUUAGAAGAGCCGAUAGGCCGCUCUUCUGUAAUCCACAGACUAAGCAUCACUGUAGAAGGUUGUGUGAUGGGAGACAAGCAGGAUUUGGAUCUCAGUUCCACCUCAUUUGGAAAUGAAAGCAUUUUAAAUCCAGACACAGGUCUUCCUACUCCUCCGUACAGCCCAUCUAGUUCCCCUCUUGUCAACAAGCAAUGUCGUGCCCUUCACCAAUCUGAACCGAUACUGGACCGAGAGGUUAUGGUCUUCUCAUCAACCAGCGCUACUCCUAUUCCACAGCGGGAUGGUUUUAAACCCAAGCUCAAUCAAGCUUGGAGUCUUCCUCCGGAUGAAAUUGAGAUCCUGUGUGGAGACGAGGCGGAAGGGGCUUCCAGACUGCCAGAAAGAUCCGGUGUCACGGAGAACGUAUGCCAGAUGGACAACCGUAGGCUGGAGCACAGGAGGACGCUUCCAGACCGGUUGGUUGCCCCAACGGACAAUGGCUUGGAGGAGAAGGAGAAAAAGCGCAGCUCGCUGUUCUUGCCCCGUAAAAGCAGGAAGAGUAUGAAUGCAGCGGCUGAGGCCCAGCAGAAGCCAGGAAAGCACAAGUCCCUCUGGAAGACUGUUUUCUCAAAGUAUAAAAAGGACAAGAAGAGGAAGGAGGCUACGAUGGUGGCAGAAACUCUACCUGCCGCAACUAACACCGAGACAAAGCGGAAGGUGUCAGGAAUGAACAGAACAUCAGACCUGUGUUUCCGGAAAAAUCCGAGUUUCUCUGAAGACACAGACUUGUCCUGCCAUGCUCUUCUAGAAAGAUGUCCACUCAGAGCUCAGCUGUGGGAAGAACUGUCUAAUAUCAAGUCAGACCUUCUGAAAGAAACAAUAUAUGAGGAGGUACAUGAAGGGGAUGAGUUGCUUUACGUGCCUCAUGCAUUGGCAUUCAAGAGGGCGUAUGCUGUUAAGAAACACAGCGUUUUGCCAGAGCUGCCAACCAAGGCGGCCACCCCAGUGUCGUCAUGUCCGUCAGAGGUGGUAGGUGUUUGGGUGGUGUUCCCGGACCCUUCCAGCAUAAGUUUCUGUACCACACUGUUUCAGAGAGCAGAAACGGAGGAGGAACUCAACGCCAAGCUGACACGGCGAGUGCAGAGAGCAGCGCGCAGACAGGCCAAGCAGGAGGAGCUGCGGAGGCUGCACAGGGCACAGUUAAUCCAGCGUCAGUUGGAGCAAGUGGAGGUCAAGCAGAGGCAGCUGGAGGAGAAGGGUGUAGCUGUGGAGAAAGCACUCAGAGGCGAAGCAGUCGAGCCCUUUCUAGGUUCCCCUCGUAGAAGGCCUGUCUAUCUCUGUCCUUGCUGUUCCUCAGAAGCCAAAGCUAAAGGGACAGAACACGAUCAUUCAGUUUAUAUCUGUACAGUCUUUUUUCUUUAUGUAGUGCAAGAACCUCCACUUCACCAGCUAAGAAUGGGAAAGAAAGAUGACCCUAGUUUAAUGCACCAGUGGUUUAAGCUGGUGCAGGAGAAGAAUGCCCUUGUGCGCUAUGAAUCUGAGCUCAUGAUAUUUGCACGUGAGCUGGAGCUGGAGGACAGGCAGAGUCGACUACAGCAGGAGCUGAGAGAGCGCAUGGCGGUGGACGACGAUCUGAAGGGGGAGGAUGAGCUGGCGGAGGAGAGGCGUAUAUUGAGCGAGAUGCUAGAUGUGGUGGAGCAGAGAGAUGCGCUGGUGGCCUUGCUGGAGGAGCAGCGAGUGAGAGAAAAAGAGGAGGACGGUGACCUGGAGGCCGUCAUGCUUUCUAAGGGUUUCAGUCUGCAAUGGGACUGACUUGCACGUGCACAAAUCUCAUCAUCCUGCUUGAAGGGCUGCUCUGUGUCUGUUUGCACAACCAAAAUGCACAGCUGCUGUUUUCAUCAGUCUGAACCGGCCCGUCCACAUGCACUCUGGGCUGUAUGUGAAACUACAUAGCUGUCUAAAUAAUGAAUCCCAGGAUUCGGCAAGAGACUGCAGGCUCUGAUUAGAAUGAAUGGCAAUGUCUUGCUGCCAAAUAAUGCUAUUCUAAGACUGCUACGCUAAUAUGCAAAAGAACAUCUUUUUGUUUGCUCUCUUUGUUGAUAAAGUUAAGGUACAUCUGCAGUGUUAUCCAGAUCCAGGGCGUUUAGGCUUAACAGAAAUUAAUGUAGAAUGGCAUAUAUAACCACAUUGUCAAUUUACAGUAGAGAUUGGAGCAUGUAAACUUAAAUAUACAAAAAAAAGGCUUCUUAGUGUAUGAUUGAAAAAAAAAAUUGACCUGAUUUAGGGCAACAGUUUCUGUUGUUUAACCUGUAUAAGUCAACUUCACACAUAGUUGUCCAUUCUCAAUAUAUUCACAUUCAUUUACUGGAUUAAAUGUCUUUUUUUAUUUUUUAUUAUCUUGCACAGAAUUUGUUUUACAUUUUGUUGUCCCUAUAUUUAUUCUGUAAAACUUACUUUCAUUAAACAACCUUUCUUUUGAGAAAAAUAU